UUUUAGUUGCUGUUUGGCUAAUGAUUACACCUGUUUCAGAGUUUCAGGUGAGAGCAACUGAAGAGAAGGCAAGCAAAAGUUUUGUUCUGGUUCACUCUGUCAGGCCUCUUGGAAACGACAUUAUCUUUGGAAUAUUGCUGUGCAGAAAGAGGUUUACCAACAUGGUCACUUUGGGAAAGUGCCUUACAUGCUCAAGACUACAGUUAGCUGUGAUGUUUGUGGUAACAGUUUAUCUGAAUACAGAUGUCACAGUGGCUUUGCAGAUAACAUCCACAGGGUCUCAGACCAUUCAAAGAGCCCAGGGGGAGACAGUCGUGCUGGGAUGCACAUACACCCCUGCCCCCUCUGACACAGGAGAUCUGGACAUUGAGUGGAUGAGUGUCCAUCCAGACAUGACCCAGAAAGACCAGCUGGUCCUAUCUUAUACAGGAGGGCAGAAAUUGCAUUACGGGGACCCCAGCUUCUCUAAGAGGAUGGACUUCACAGGAGACCCUGCGUUGGGAGACGCAUCCGUCUCAUUCUCUGCAGUGAAAGCCUCAGACACAGCCACCUACCAGUGCAAAGUCAAGAAGGCGCCGGGUGUUGACAUGCGAAAAGUCACUCUGGUAGUGAUGGUCCCUCCAUCAGUGCCUAAGUGUUGGGUUGAAGGCGGUGAAGAGAAGGGAGCCGAUGUCUCCCUCCGAUGCAAGUCAUCCGUGGGAUCCACCCCCCUUAACUAUGUCUGGACCAGAGAGAGUGGAGGGGCCAUCCCGCCUACAGCAACACAAAACUCCCAGACUGGAGAGCUGAUGAUAAGAAAUCACUCAGAGAGCUACAUGGGAAAUUAUCUGUGUGUGGUGUCGAAUCCUGUGGGCAAAGAGCAGUGUAAAUACACCCUGCACGCAUACAACCCUCCCAACAAAGCAGGGGUCAUAGCGGCUGCUGUGAUUGGUGCACUGCUACUGUUGCUCCUCCUCCUGCUUCUCAUCUGGCUUCUGGUCUGCUGCUGCCACAAGCGUCGCUAUGAGAAGGAGGUUGCCCAUGAAAUCAGGGAGGAUGCCCCAGCCCCAGAGAGCCGACCCGCCAGCAGGAACUCCAGCUUCCGCUCGGUCCUAGGCUUCCGCUCCCCCCCUGGGGCAGUCUAUAGCUCAGUGAGAAAAGGUCAGCCCAAGAGGACAGAGUCAGACAAUAGGAGCUUCUACACCAACAGUAGCAUAGGCAUGCCUGCCCCCAGCAAGCAGAAAGCCCCUCAUUUGCCACCUGUGCUGAAAUAUGACAGCAGUAAUGGUUACCCUGUGUAACAAUGUUUUGGGUUGGGGUAAGGAUAAGCAUGAAAGCAUUACAGGAUAUGUAUAAUCUCAUUCCCAUGCUACUUCCCCCCUGUACUUUGUGCAACAGCUUAAACUCUUGGUGCAAUAGUGCAAUGGAUAAUGUUUUAGUCACGUGAAGCUCAAUUGAGGAUUUUGCCAAUGAGAAUGAGUGAGAAAGAGAUUAUAUUUAAAGUGUAUGUCAGAUGCAGUGGUGUAAAAAUACUUGAAAGUACUAAAGUUGUUUUUUGGGAUAUCUGUACUUCACUAUUUAUAUUUGACUAUUUUCUUUAGGAAUGUAGUGAAGUAAAAGUAAUGUACUUCUUACUCCAUACAUUUUCCGACACCCAAAAGUACUUGUUACAUUUUGAAUGCUUAGCAGGACAUAAAUUGUCUAAUUCACACACUUAUCAAGAGAACGUCCCUGGUCAUCCCUACUGCCUCUGAUCUGGCGGGCUCACUAAGCACAUGCUUCAUUGGUAAAUUAUAUCGUAGUGUUGGAGCGUACCCCUGGCUAUCCGUUUAAAAAAAAAGUUUGUUUAAUAUAAGAAUUAAAACUAUUAUUUAUACUUUUGAUACUUAAGAAUAUUUUAGCAAUUACAUUUACAUUUGAUACUUAAGCAAAUAUUUUUAGACUUACUCAAGUAGCAUUUUACUGGGUGACUUUUACUUGAGUCAUUUUCUAUUAAACGGUAUCUUUACUUUUACUCAAUUCGGUACUUUUUCCACCACUGGUCAGAUGUAUGUUUUUUAUUCUAUGUAUGACUUAUUUUGUCUAACAGACAAGCAACCAAUGUUUGUCUUCUUUUCUAUAAGUUUUCAAUGAAAAUAUAUUUUUUUAACCAAGCACUUGAUUCUGAAUCAGUUAUAUCCUGUACACCAAUCGAAAAAGCUAAUGACCCCACCCUCAAUACACCAGGCCAAUGAUUGUUAAUACGGAAUGACAUUGUGUGCCAGUCAGAUAUGUGAUUUAAGAUAUUGAUUUUGAUAUAAAACUUAACGACUGACUGGCCUCAGAAGGCAGACAGUUCAAAGAAUAAAAGCUUGAAGAAA